CACUUGACCUUUCCAAGUUUCACCAGCAGUAUUUAACUUGUUCAAAGAGAGCACACUUGCAUGUGUCUUCUGUUGACAAGACAGCUUCUCCUGGUAGUUCGCAGAAUGUUCAAAAGGCACAGGUCUCUUGCUUCAGAACGCAGGAGAGAGUUGAUUUCUCCAAGAGCUACACGGUCCAUACUGAAGGAUGACAUGAGAAAUUUUCAUUUUUUGUCACAAUUUAUACUCUCAGCAGGCCCUCUAAAAUCAACGUCAGCAGUUAAACAUACAAAAACUACUCACUUUGAGAUUGAAAUACUUGAUGCUCAAACCAAAAAGCAGAUAUGUAUUGUGGACAAGGUGACACAAAAAUCUACCAUUCAUGAUGUCAAGCAGAAAUUUCACAAAGCAUGUCCACAGUGGUAUCCUUCUCGAGUAGGCCUGCAGCUAGAACGUGGUGGGCCCUUUCUGAAGGACAACUUAACCGUUCAAAGUGUUGCAGCUUCCUCCAUUGUCACACUCUAUUUUACAGACCUAGGUCAACAAGUCAGUUGGACUACAGUGUUUUUGGCUGAAUACACAGGACCUCUGCUAAUAUAUCUCCUCUUUUAUUUGAGGAUCCCAUAUAUAUAUGACAUGAAAGAGAGCUCUAGAAGAUUAUGUCACCCAGUGGUACACUUGGCCUGCUUCUGUCAUUGUAUACACUAUAUCCGAUACCUUUUGGAAACCUUAUUUGUUCACAAGGUUUCUUCAGGACAUACGUCUUUGAAAAUUUUGCUAAAGAGUUGUGCCUUUUACUGGGGAUUCACUUCUUGGAUUGCCUACUACAUUAAUCAUCCACGGUAUACACCGCCAUCAUUUGGAUACAGGCAAGUUGCAGUAUCUGCUAUCAAUUUUCUGAUUUGUGAAGCUGGAAAUCAUUUCAUCAAUGUAGUGUUGGCUCAUCCCAGUCACACAGGAAAUAAUGCCUGUUUUCCAAGUCCAAAUUAUAACCCCUUCACAUGGAUGUUUUUCCUGGUUUCAUGUCCUAAUUACACCUAUGAGAUUGGAUCAUGGAUUAGUUUCACAAUCAUGACUCAAACAUUGCCAGUUGGGAUUUUUACACUUCUGAUGAGUAUCCAGAUGUCUCUGUGGGCACAAAAGAAACAUAAGAUUUAUCUGAAGAAAUUCAAUUCUUAUAUGCAUAGGAAAUCAGCAAUGAUUCCAUUCAUACUGUAAGAAAAAUAAGUGAUCUUAUCUUACGUACAGAAAAGCAGUAUAAUAACUCACUAAACGAAAUUUGACAAAAGAUAAUUGUCUAUUAUGUUCCAUAAAUUCACAAACAAUAGUAUUUUUGCUUGAGUAAAAAUACAUAAGAACAAAAUUUAGCUGAAUUUAGAGUAAUAAACUUGAGGAAAAUGAAAAAUUGAAAUUAUAGAUACAGCUAAUUGAAAAUAGCAUCCAGUAUGUUUGCAAGGGACUGAUACUUGAAUGAGAUGUUCUUACUUCAUUAAAUCUUUCAUAAUACUAUUGGCUUAAGAAAAUUUAAAAUAUUUGAAUUCUAUAAAGUGAAUAUUGCAAUAUUUCAAAAACUUGAAUUUUACAUAUUAUUUUGAGAGUGAUUUUUUCUUUCUAUUCAAUAUGUUAUCGAGAAAUUUCAGAUGUCUUGAAACUAUUAUGUCAGUAGUUCAAUUUUACCUAUAUUAAAAGUUAAAUAUUUGUAAUU